UCAUGUAAACUUUUCUUUUUCCCUAACUGGCAGUUGCAGUCGUGCAGAAUGGCGGACCUCAGUCUUGUAGAUGCAUUGACAGAUCCACCUCCAGAGAUUGAGGGAGAGAUAAAGCGAGACUUCAUUGCCACACUGGAGGCUGAGCCCUAUGAUGACACUGUGGGAGAAACUGUGGAGAAGACUGAGUAUAUUCCUCUCAUGGAUGGUGAUGAGAAAAUUGGGAACCCAGAGUCCAAAAAGAAACCAUGCUCAGACACUAGCCAGGCUGACGGUAAGUGUUUAAGCUAAAAGGCGUGCAUAGGU